AUGUAUCAGUGCCACUCCAUCUUCAACGGUCCCGGUUUGCUUUCUGGGGAGAAGAACCUCAUUUAUAGCGCGCCAACAGGUGGCGGAAAGAGCCUAGUUGCUGAUGUCUUGAUGUUAAAGGAGGUCCUCAAAGAGCCUGGUUCAAAAGCAUUGCUCGUUCUUCCCUAUGUUGCCCUCGUUCAAGAAAAAGUACGCUGGCUACGAAAUGUGGUAGACGGACUGAAGCGGCCAUCUAGAAGUUCUGAAGAUGGCACGGUGAGCCGCUGGAGGAGACGUGCCGAUGAAGACGUGAUUAGAGUCGCGAAUUCCCUUCUCAACGUCGCAAUUGAGGAUGGCGGGGUCAGCGAUCUCAAGUCCGUCGUUCUCGACGAACUACACAUGAUCGACGACGAUCACCGGGGCUACCUUCUCGAGCUCCUCUCGGCGAAGCUACUGUCUCUAGAUCAGAAGGUUCAAAUCAUCGGAAUGAGCGCCACCAUCUCUAACAUCAGACUCCUAGCUAAAUGGCUCAACGGUCAUGCCUACGUAACAAACUACAGGCCAAUUCCCAUCAAAGAACAUCUAGUUUAUGAUGGACGGAUAUAUCCCGCGGACAACCCUCGUCAGAUUGCAAAAGCAGCAACACAGCCAAAUUCGGACUCAAGUCUAAAUAGCCUAGAUGUCGAGCCGUUGAGGCAGAUAGAGUCAUCUACACACAAAGAGCUUUCAGAUCCAAUCCUCAACGCCGUUGUAGCACUAGCAUGUGAAACCGCCAUGGCCGGCUACGGAGCUUUGGUUUUCGCUGGGAGUCGGCAAGCUUGCGAGUCUAUAUCCCGGUUGGCCGGCCUCACAACAGAGGAGCGAGACAUCAUUGCCAAAGCGUACGAUUCUGGGGCUCUAAAGAUCUGUAUCGCAACCUGCAGCCUCGCUGCUGGUAUAAACCUGCCUGCCCGUCGGGUUAUCCUGCAUAGCGCCCGUAUGGGGAGAGAUUUUGUGGGCCCAGCAUUGCUGCGACAGAUGCGAGGUCGGGCUGGCCGUAAGGGGAAAGAUGAGGUUGGAGAAACAUAUCUUUGUUGUCGGCAGCCGGACCUAGAGCCUGUUGUAGAGCUUCUACAAGCUGAGAUGCCAAACAUCACAAGCUGCCUCAAUACGGAUAAGAGGCGGAUGAAGCGUGCACUACUCGAAGUCAUCGUCAUUCGCCUUGCAACAACCCGGGAAUCGAUUGACGAGUACGCCAAGAAAUCGCUUUUCCACUAUUCGAACGGACUCUCGGAAACGAUCUCUUGUGUUAACUCUAGUCUUUUGGAGUUAGAACGUAUGGAAUUUAUACAGUAUCACGAGGAUGACUCCGCCUAUGUCGCAACCCAACUUGGAAAGGCAGUCGUAGCUUCAUCCAUUGAUCCGGAAGACGGGCUCUUCGUUUACGGAGAACUCAAAGGGGCCCUUAAAGCAUUCGUAAUGGACGGCGACAUGCAUGUCAUUUACACUUUUACGCCCGUUAGUACCACUGAUAUACUCGUCAACUGGAAGGUGUUUCUCGAUAUGGUUGAGACUCUCGACGAAAGUGGACAUCGAGUCAUGAAUCUCCUUGGAAUCAAGAUUCCGCUCAUCUUAAGGAUAUCACAGGGGGCAAAUCUGCCCGAAUCCACACAAGCAGAGAAGGACGCUGCUCGAAGAUAUCGGAGAUUCUACCUUGCUCUUCAACUCCGCGACAUAUGCAAUGAGGUACCAAUACAUUCGGUCGCUAGAAAGUACUCUAUGCCACGAGGAACCGUCCAAGUUCUCGCACAAUCGGCCCAGGGCUUUGCAGUCGGCAUGAUCAAAUUUUGCGAGGUGAUGGGUUGGGGAGUUCUUGCCGUGGCCCUAGACCACUUCUCUGAUCGCCUAAAGGCAGGCGCAAGAGCUGACCUUCUCUCCUUGGCCAAGAUCACGUUCGUGAAAAGCCGUACCGCGAGGGUAUUUUGGGACAAUGGUUACCGAAGCCCGGCGGCCGUUGCCAACGCCGACCCCAAGGAAUUGGUCCCGGUCCUGAUGCAGGCCCAGCCAAAUAAGAUCCGCAUCAAAGGACAGGAAGAGGAUGAUAAGUACUACGAAAAGCUCUUGACCAAGGCAGGAAUCAUUGUAGAAUCGGCAAACAAGAUAUGGGCAACGGAAAUGCAGGAAGACAACCUAGACGAGGAGGAGUGA